AGCGGGGCUCGGGAUCUCCCGGGAAGGAUGGCGGAGGAAGCGGCUCUCCCUGCGCUGUGGGCUGGACUCCCCGCGUGCCGUCACCUCCCAAGUGGGACAGCCGCGUACCUGUGGGGAGCUAGACGGGCGACCCCGCCGCUUGGGCCGGGCCUGGCCGCCCUCUGCCCCUGUGGCUGCUUCGUCUGCUGCCCCUCGCACCUCGCGGGCCCCUUCCCCGCUCCUCAGGGUGGGAGAAGCCUGGCUGCCCGGGACACGGGCUGUGCAGGCCCCAGGAACACAGGACAGAGGGGCAGUGCUGGGUGGAACCGUGGGAGACCGGUCCUGACUGUUCCAUUCCGGCCAAACAGCUACUCCCGUGGUCCUGUGAUGCAUUUGCUGGGGUGCGUGCCUGGAAUACAGGUAGCCCCGGUGCACACUGCGAUCCUGAACCCCGGACCAUGGCCUGCCCCUCCCGAGAGAGCCAGGGCUUGGCUGGUAACCCUGAGCCCCGGGAACUCCGGAGGUGCUGGGUCCACACUGCAGCUGAACACGUGGGCCAUUUCUCUUGACAUUGGAGCCAGAACGAAGCUGCGGAGAAACUUGGUUAGAAGUCCAUUCCCUGUCUAUGUGAGACAGGGAAAGACAAACCAAAGGAGGCAGUUGUCAUUUCUCAGUAGCUGUGACUUCAGCACAUCUCACAUGGCAUAUGCGAUGUCUACUCUGUGUUCUCCUGAACUCAGACUUUUUUCUUUCGUGCAUUACUAGUUUGGACCAGAGUCGACAUCCUCAGCCUGUUUCUGUUUUUUUUGAGGCAGGGUCUCACUGAGCUGUAAUCCUCCUGCCUCCGCCCUCCAGAAGAUUGGAAUUACAGGCCUGUGCUACAGCUGAACUCAGCUUUUGAAGCUGGGAAGCCCCAGCUAGCUUGUUAUGCUGGCUCAGCCACUUAACUUCCACUUCGUUUUCCCCUCAGCAUGGCCCAUAGUAAGAGGGACAGGCCUAUUUGUACUCCUGUUUGUACCUACCUAAGAGGAGGUCAGCUUCCCAGCAAAGUUAAAGGACCUUGGAGUCAAGGGCAGAGGCCUACAGAACCUGUCACAUGAGUUUCCUGAUCCAAUUCUGUGCUCUGAACACAGAGGGCAGACAGGGAAGACAUGGGCCAUCUGAACUGACCCGUGGGCAGGUACAGUGGCCCCUGGGUGAGCAAGUGUGUAUCUUAUUUGAUGCCUUCUCCCUAAAGACACCAAUACUGUGAGCAGAUUUGCAAAGCAUGUUUAUCAUCAGGCUCUUUAAGUAGGAUGACUCACUUAAUGGAUGAAGUCUCUAUGGUUAGUAACUUUAAGCACUAAAUUUAUGAGUUAAAACUUUGAAAUGAAAAUUUAAUUCUGCUCAUUUA